UGCGCUCCUGUGAAACGCGCGCGAAGAACGUACUCCGGAUGUUGACGUCACGCUACAUAGCGCGCGCAUACCUAGUACCUCUCGAUAAAACGAAAAGGUCUAUUGGCAUGGCCGACAGGGACGUCGGCGACGGCACAGCAGAGAGCCUGAUCCUACCAAAGGAGGACCUCAAUGGCUGGCGGAAGAGAUGGGAAGAAGGGAGGACUGCUUGGCACAAAACUACUGUUGAUCCUGUCCUUGAGAAGAGAAUUGGUCUGAUUGAAGAUGGCUGCGGUGGUGGGCUCUCUAUUCUGGUUCCCAUGUGUGGCAGGAGCCUCGAUCUACUGUGGCUAUGCAGUAGAGGUCACUCGGUGACUGGAGUAGAGAUCUCUUCUAUUGCCGUUGGUGAACUUUUUACGGACAACUCUAUUCCUUUCACUUCAAUUGAAAGUGGACCGUUUACUAUCUACAAGGCAACCGAUCGUGAUCUGAAUGUUUUGUGUGGAGAUGUAUUCAACCUUGACACCAGUUAUGCUGGUCCCUUUGAUGUCAUAUGGGACUGUAAUGCCAUUGUUGCUAUCAAUGCUGAUGAUAGAGAGCGAUAUGUGAAAGCCGAACUGUCAGUAUUGAAGGAAGGCGGGCGGAUUUUGAUGACAACUUGGGUAUACGAACAGAGCAUCCAUCUCCGGUUUCCACUUUGUGUGUCCCCCGAGAUGGUUGAGAAACUCUUUGCUGCCCAGUGUGACGUGCGUGUUGUUGAGAACAUAGUCCUACCUAACGAUAGCCAUUUCUGUCAGAGGCAUGAGCUUCCAUGGGCUAUACGCCCUGUGCUCUUCUUGAAUAGAAAAGAACUGGUACAGUGACCGUCCUAUGCUAAUAGUGUGUCAAAGUAUAAUAAUUAUAUUAUUGUGCAUAAACACUAAUAUUAAGGUUGAUUUAGCAUUCAUCUGAAGGUGUACUCAGAUAUUUCUCAUCGUCACUCUCAUGAUAAGUGGACGGGUCAUCCUCAUCCUCCAUUUCAUCAAUUUUGCCCACUUGGUACCACAACAUUCGGCCUUUUUUGCUGUUUGUGCCACCAUAAACAGUCAAAACCAUUCCUUGAUUGUUGAUAGACACUGAUGGAUGCCAAUAGGCACUCGACAAAACUUUGUCAACAUGUUGUGGCACCUCGUGUUCGCAUAGCUUUCUGUUUCGACAUUUCUCAAUGUUGCCUUCCUCAACGAUUUCUCGUGCCCGUGGGUUAACUUUCGCAACUCCAUAUAGCAUCUCGUCCAACCACAACCCUUGUCUUAGAAUCACCAGGCGAUUGUUUGCUGCUAAGCACACACUGCCGUUGAUACCACUGGCAUAUUCAAUGCUCCUUCCCCAGUAGAGCGUCAUUUGGUUGACAAACCCUAUUUGACACAUAAGCACGCAGUGUGAAAUUGACUGGUACACUACCACCACCGUGUUGUCAUCAUUGAUAGCCACACGUGGUACUGUUCCCGAUCCGAUUGCACUGGAAGAGCUCCACUGAAUCGAUUUCGCAGAAACCUCUCCGACUUUGUAGUCUAUGUGCUUGUCGUCGGUCGCAUGCACUUCGACUAUUACCGUGUCGCUGUUGUUGACGGCUACCGACGCUUCGGUGCCGUUCGCGUACGUGUGUGGCUUUCCCCACUUGAUGAAAUCCCCGUCCACUCUACCGAUGGUGUACUUGAGCUCGUGUGUGCACUGCGACCGAUGAGUCUCCACAACCAGUCCGCUAUCCUUCAGCGUAACGCUUGGAGAAACUCCGUAGUCGAAAUGUCGCCCGGCUGACCAGAAUAUUUUCUGCGCUACGUCGUCCAUUCGUCCUACCCAGUACCACAUGGAGUUUCCCAUCGAGGAGUUGUGCACGACUACGGCGACGUUACUGUUGUUGAGGCUGACGGAAGGAUUCUUCCCGCCGUGGCGGUCCAAACGCUCCCUCUCCUGCAUGUCGAGCUCGGGUUCCUGCGUUUUCAGACCAUCACCGUCGUUUGCCGCUCUGAAACCACGCGUGGGAGAGCGCGACGAUGCACUCCACUGGAGCGUUGAUUCCUCCAUGGAGUUACGAGUCUAAACACAAAUAUAGCUAGCUAGCUAGCUUGCAACUUGCAAGUCAGAUACGCCCACAAUUCCUUUCAGGGCCGGCCGGGCGUGUCUGCUGCAGAACACGCGCAUGCGCAAAACAAAAUCAGCGAGAGGGCGGGAUCGAUCUGGGAGCUGAAAAAGGCGUUGCAGCUACUACGGUUGAACUAGAAGACGAGAUAUGGACGGCUGGAAAGCGGUUCCUAACGAGGGCGCAGCAUUGCCGUUGGCUGCUGGUGGGCCUGUCACGGAUGCACGUCGCACUGUCCAAGGGUCUGUAUUUAUGUUCCAGAGAAGACGAGUGCCCAUCAACUGGAGACAUUUUGCGGGGCUGGAUGUGGAUCGAGUUUGUAGAGAAAUGGACGUGCAAGCUCUGCAACAGAACAUUUCAAAUGUCACCUUCUGUGACGUAGCAUCUGAGGAUUUCCAAGGUGUGGACGGCAACUUUAUCAAGCUGUUUCGAUUAGCUCAACUCACUAUCGAAUACCUACUGCAUUCCCAGCAGUACCUGUCAGACCAGAAAAACCAGCUAGAGCAGCGAGUGCAGCAACUACAAACGGAAAAGGAGAUAUGUGAAGGUGAAGCCAAAGCUAAAGUAGAAGAGAUAAAGACACUGAAGAGAGAGAACCGAAAGCGAAGGAAGAUGAUCGAGGCCUACCAAGACAUGCUGAACCAUGGAGCUACUGGCCUACACCCUUGUCCAGUGUGCAGCAAGGAGUUUGUCAGUCAGCAGUACCUGGAUUCCCACAUACACAGACGCCACCCGGACCACUUACAGCCCAUACCUCCACCCAAACAGUAAGUUUCAACUGACAUUAAUAAUACCUUAGUACUUGUUACUAGACCGAAUGGCAAUGCAUUUUUUGGCGAGUAAAAUGAGCAGUUCAAUUUUUCGCACGUCUCACGUAUUUAGAAUCACGUACAAUAUUACGGUGUAUGUUCAGUGCGGGUCACAAUAUUAUAUAAUCACACAUUCAGAGGACUAUAUAGGUUGGCUCUACUCCCACUUAUGUGGAUUUUCAUAGAACCCAUACAAUCCCUUACGAAUACUGA